GUUAAAGAAACAGGUGCUCGAUACUGCCGACAAUGUGGACGCGCGAUUCUCUCAGCGGUCUUUGAACCAACACCAGCCCCAGGCGGGAGAGUCGAAGAUAUUCACCCGCAGAACCAAUACUCAACCCACGGCCUUCGAGAAGAAGCUGGCUGCAGUGAGAGAUAAGCCGAAACAGCAGCAGAAUGCGCUUAAAGUGAGCAGGAACAUCAAAUAUUGUCCGGAGUCGGUAGAGAGUGUUCGCCAGUGGCAGAGACACUAUCGAAAGGUCUUCCCUUCUUAUGUCUUUUACUUUGAGAGCAUUCCUGAAGAGGUCAGGAAGAAGUAUGUCAGGCAGAUCAUGUCCCUCGGCGCUGUAAGUUGCUAAAAACUUCUCCUGUUCAACCUUCCAUUUACUAACCUAUUUGUUUAGACCGAGGAAAAGUUCUUUUCCCGGGUAGUUACCCAUGUCGUCACGUCCCGCUCCAUCCCUCCUGAAGUUGAAUCUGAAAAGCAUACGGAAGCGGCUCAGUCAGCGUCUGCCGAAAAUAACAUGUCGGGCUCGGUCCAGACUGUAAACCCAUCGAUGUUGGAGAAGGGCAUUGAUGCUCAACUAGGAAAGACACGAUCAAGAACAGGUUUCAGUAUGAUCGAACCGGAAAAUAAGAAAGGCAUGGGUGGCGGCAGUGGGGAUCUUCUUCACCGUGCUCGUCAAAUGAACAUGAAGAUAUGGACCCUGGACAAACUCCAGCGUGUCAUAUUUACUAUGAAUGAUAAGGAGCUGGCACAUAUACUCCAGCCUACCCGCAAUGGUACUGCGCCGGCAAAAAACAAGACCGAAGAUGAUCUCUCCCUGGCUCUUCAGCAUGAGAAACUCCAUGCCCCUAUCGACUCCGACUCACUGACGCUAAACAAAGGCCUAGUCCCGUUCAAGGGACCAUACCUGUAUAUCUGGGAUUACAACCGGGAAACACGCCCUGUAGUUAUCCGAGAAUAUCCCAAAGUUAACAGAAAACAGGACGGUGCCUGGCCACAGUUCCGCAGUGUCGAGCUAGGGAAAUGCCCCUUUGUUGAAACUGCGGGCGGCAGGAAAACAGAAAAGGAUAGGCAAAAACAACAACAGGCAAAAGCUAAUAAUACCCAAACCACCCUAGUAACAAAAACAAUGGCGCCUCCUGCCAGAGGGCCAAGCAAAACAACCAAUCAACAACAACAACAGCAACAGCCUAACAUGACCGCUGCUAACCAAGACGAUACCGAGUCUGCACUCGAGGACUCUGCAGGUAGGCCGAUUGAACCUAUGGAGAACACUGCUGCCACCACUACUCCUACCAAUGUAGGGCCGAGGCCAGUCUCUAAAGGCUCAAUCUCGGCUUCUUCUUUACCCUUUAAAUUCGGAGGUGAAAUCGCCGCUUCCGGAAUCCAGCCAUCAAACAUCACAUCUGCCAUCCGAUCGCAGAUGAUAUCCUCGACAGCAGCUACGCAGGGCGCCAGAGCUAGCACCAGCAAGGAAGUACACGAGCUCAAACGCAAGGUUCUGGAGAAGAGCAGUGGAAUGGUCUCUACCGCUAUCUCCUCAUGUCACAGGGCUGAUGCAGCAGCCGCUCCCCAGUCCCAGUCUGUUAGAGUGCCAAUUGCCCGCGCGGCUAAGCUCAAAGCUCAAGCGAACGACCACGGCACAAUACAAUUGACAGAACGGAACAGAGGCGCCAGUGAUGUCGCUCCCAAGAAACAAAGCGGGCUGCGAAAACAGCCGGCCGGCAGCAAGAAGCGUGACCCUAAGCCAGGCUACUGUGAGAAUUGCAGGGAGAAAUUCGAGGAUUACGAGGAUCACAUUGCGACCAGGAAACACCGCAAGUUUGCUUCGAAUUCUAUAAACUUCUUUGAGAUAGACGCAUUCAUUCUUGGCCUGAAUCAGAAUUAUCAUAGGUAUCGGUAGUAACAUACCUGCAGUUAAACGUUGUGUGUUUGCCUUGACUUGCAUGGCCCUCAAAAUAUUUGUAUUUAUAGCGAAGCGACUUCAGCGUAAAUCCUCAAAGCACACACCUUCUGAUUGCGAAGUAAUUAAUAUACCACAUACAAGUCGAAUCCUUUACUCCUCGUCAUCUUCAUUCUAUC